AUGUCAUCUCCAAUUCUUCCAUUCACUGAAGCCAAUACAAAGCGGGUUUCUGCCUUGUUAAGAAGAUCCCUCCGUCUUGCUUGGGACCACACAACUAAGUUCCAAGCAUACAGAACUGCCACCAUUCAAAUCCGUCAACAAUUCGAAUCCAAUAGAGAUGUAAAUGACCCUCAACAAUUACAAGACAUUAUUGAAAAGACCGAAGCUAAAUUGUACGAAUGGAGAAACCCAGAUCCAGUUAUUCCUCCUUCCAGACCAGGUGGUACCAAAUACGAAAGAAACCUCAAAUUGCCUGCUGAACCAGUUGUGCCAGGUGAUUGGUAG